GAGAGAGAGAGAGAGAGAGAGAGAGAGAGAGAGAGUAGGUGAUGAUAAGCGAGAAAGAGAGAGACGGCGAGAGAAAGUAAGCCGAGAGGGUGCCGCUGGCUUACUGUGAGGAAAACGGCAGACCUGGAGUGACGUGUAGUGCCCAGCGACGCUCUUCGUGCAGGUGGCGAUGGCGUGGAGGAGACUGGCGGUGUGGGGUGGCUGGCUUGAGGCCCAAGGCGGGGAAGACUACUUCCUCUGUUUCCGGGGGGUCAAAAACAGGGGCUUCUUCGAUGGUUGAUUUCUUGCCAUGCAAGCCGUGUGCUCGGCGUUUCACGUGGUGAAAUCGGGGUAGUGAUAGUUUAUGGUGGAGGGAGAGGAGAGGGGCAGCGGGUUGGUGACUCACGAGUUGGUUGGGUGCCAAUGAAGAUGGUUGUUGCUUGAACGUGGGGCUUAAGUCUGUGUUGUGGUUGCUGCUAAGGUUGAGGGUGGCUCACGGGACGUGUUUCUACAAAUGGAAGGUUGCUGCGCAUUUGGAGAAGGGCGAUGUCGAGGAGGAAGUGUGUGCAGCGGUAGUUUCUAAAUGCAGAAGAAGAAAAUAUAAAAGUGCAUCUAUGUAUAGGUCAGAAAAUUGGAAAACCUUAGAUGGAAGAAAAAAAAAUUGAAAGGAUGGCUGACUGGCGGUUUGCAGUGAAUGGGAGAGACUCUGAGAGAGAGAAAAACGAGAGCAUGAGAGUUGUGGAUAGAUAGAGUUAGUUGAUAGAAAAAUCUGAAGGGAGAAAACGACUAUAGAGGCGUGGGGAGGUGGAGCUCUGGGUGGAGAGGGAUUCGGAGGUGUAAAAAAAAAAACUGAAAGGGAAGAUAUAAGAGAAGUAACCGACGGGUCAAGAAAAAUUUUUAAAAGGGAGGAAGCUUACCCAAAACGGCGUCGAUUUCUAUUGAAGGCUAGGCUUCCAUCUGGUCUGGGCUUGGGUUCUGGGUAUUACACCAAUAGUGGGCGAUUCCAAGUUGCAGGUUCGCAAUUUAUGUGAUGGGGCGGUUUGGAAUUCUAUUUGGCUUCGGCAACUGGUUGAUGAUGAUAUGGUUCAGAAAAUUAUCCAAGCGAGGGAGCGUGUUCGAGAGUGGGAUGAUGUCCUGGUUUGGAAGCACACGGUGGAUGGGGUUUUUUCCACGAAGUCGGCCUGGAAGAUUAUUCGGUCCCAUGGUAAUGUUUGUCUUUGGAAGAAGUGGCUAUGGCAAGAUCAUGUGCCCAAGAAGAUGUCUUUUUUAUGUUGGCGAGCACGUCAAAAUGCCAUUUCAGUAGAUGAAACCAUUAAACAACUUGACAUUCUUAUUGUUUCUAAAUGUCAUUGUUGUGCGUCAAACAAGGUGGAGUCUUUGGACCAUGUGCUCUGUGAUGGGGAGGGGCCGAGGAAGGUUUGGGAAUUUUUUGCAUUCGAUUACCACUUACUCGGGUAUGGACUGGGGUAUUAAAUGUUUGGUGGUGUCGUGCUUCUUCUUCCUCAAAAGUUCGUUGGCUUCGUGGUAUAAUUCCUCUCCUUAUUUCUUGGGCUCUUUGGAGAGCUCGUUGUGCGGCACAUAUGGAAGAUGUGAAAUAUGACUGGAAGGGUGUUAUUCGGAUGGUCAAAGGAUUUAUUCUGGACAUUUCAAGUUCCAUGCAAAAUUUCAAAUUUGUGGGGUCGCAUGACUUGGUGGUGUUGAGGGAACUAAACUGUCCAGUUGUGCCUGUUGCAGUGCAAGUGCCGAAGUUGAUUGCUUGGUCUCCACCGGCAGUGGAGUUGUCUAAACUCAAUGUUGAUGGUGGUUCGCUUGGUAACCCAGGGAUGUCUGGCAGGGGAGGUAUUGUUCGGAAUGCGCAGGGUCAUGUAUUUGGGGGUUUUGCUCAUUGCUAUGGACAAGCUACCAACACCAUUGCUGAAUGCCGAGCCUUUCUACUCUUCCAUCCUGUUCUAGGAAAAUCAACAUUUCGACUGGCCUCCAAUCUCUACUCAAUCGGCAGCUGGAUAUCCACCGUCACCAUCGUCGAUGUCCACCAUCUCAUCCAGUUCUGCAACGCCGUAUUACUCAGCUGAGAAUGAGGCUUCUCAUAGCCUAUGUCGAGCUUUGCAAUGACGCCCCAUCGACGAUUUCCAAGAUUCAAAAAGUGAAAAUGUUAAAGAAAGGGAGGGUAAUUUAGCAUCAAAUGAUGAGGGUAGUAGCGACAUGGGACCCUAGCUUGGAUGGAUACUUCAAGUAUUUAGUUGAUAGCGAGCUCGUCUUCAACACUGAGGAGCACAUUGUCAAUGAAUCCAGUGACGUUGCCUACGCCUGUUUCAGAAAAAACUGGAUUGGAACAAUUAGAUGGUCUUGCAAAAGAUCUAGAGUGGCUUAGAGAACAGGGGUUUGUGAUUCCCGAACCUAGCAGUAGCAAUUUGGGAGUUUCUCAUGCCAAGUAUUUGAUCGAACUUGCAUAGAAAAGUGUCCUGUUGUUCCUUUGCCAUUUCUACAAAAUAUAUUUUUCAUAUAUAGCAGGAGGUCAGGUGAUAGCAAGGCAGGCUUCUAAGAAGCUCCUAGAAGGAAGGGAGCUAGAAUUUUACAGAUGGGAGGGGGAUUUUAACUUAAAACAAUUUCCAAGAUGGUUUUCUAUCUUCUGCCCUUAUUGUUGGACUUCUUGUAGCUCCCUCAAUAUUUGUAUCCUGGGCAAGGAGCCACAAUCCUUUUAGGCUUAUUGAAGUUGGGUUAUCUGUUUGGAUAGUUGCUGCAGCUGGGUGUGGUAGUUCAUUUGACUUUCGGUCCAUUGCAAUCUGUCGCAUGCUGGUUAGUGUUGGAGAGGCUUCUUUCGUAAGUCUUGCUGCCCCAUUUAUAGAUGACAAUGACCCUGCUGCUCAGAAAAUAGCAUGGUUUGCAACAAUUUACGUGUAUAUACCAACUGGGGAUGUUGUAGGCUAUGUUUAUGGUGGACUUGUCAGAAACCAUUUGAAUUGGCGUUAUGUGUUCUUUAAAAAAGGCAUUUUGUAUACUUCCAUUUGCUAUGUUGGGUUUUAUGGUGAAGCCUUUGCAAUUAAAGGGUUUUGCCCCUGUUGAGCCAAGAAAAGAUUUGACAAAACUGAAAGUUGCGGGGCCUGUUGCUGUUCGUGGAGGGAUACUUCAGGACAUGAUUUCUAUGGGAAUGGUACCGCUGGGGUUGUCGAUGUAUCUCGCUUCUGCAUCUGUGUGGUCUUGGGCAACGAAGGUCAACCACUGAAGACUCUCUUUUGUAGACGGAAAAAGCUAAACGUAGUCCAUUUCGGGCACCCCUCGUGCACGAAAUCUAUAUGGCUGCCGGGUUUAAUGAAACGGUGCGCACGGAAUGAACUGAACGAAGAUAAAAAUCCAUUCCUCCCAAACGUUUGAAACGGUGCGUACCGAAAUGAUCUCAUCUUCUCCACGCUGUGCAAAAUCGAUUUGAAGCCCAUCUUCUUCGCAGCACCUCUUCUCUGUUGUAUAGCAGUUAACAAGAACUAAUAACAUUCCUAUUGUGUUCAUAAUUCUCCAAACGGAUCCCUUUUUUUACUCCUCAAUGACUGAAGACAAUUUUGUGGAGAUGAAGUCGAAUUUGGGUAAUCGAAGGAGGAUAUGUAUCUUGAGUUCGACAGUGCGUGGGAUUAAUGGGCGAGCCUAGCAUUGUGCAAGAAAGCAGCAGAGAAAGGAAU